AACCCCGGAUAUGCUCUAGACAGCCAUUCUUGAAUUUACACAGUCUCUGUUCUGGUUCCGAAAACUUCCUUGUGGCAACAUUUUAGGUUGAAAGUUCACAAAUGGCGCGGAAACCCGAGGAGGACGUUUGAAUAGUGUUUUUGCCCAUUUCAAUUCGUUUCCCUGUGUUGUAUUUCUUCCACGUUUCAGACGCAAACUUCAGAAGCAAGCAAGCAGCGCAAUGAGCAAAAGAAAAUCGAGAGAGAGCCAUAUGACAGUUGGCCAAUGUGUCUCACAGGCACAAAAGGUUUUGAGGCAGAGAUUUUGCCACCAGGAGAUCUCUACCCCACCCGUGGGUCUUGAAUCUCAGCACAAGCACUUGCUGGAGCUGCUGAGGAGAACGGCUGUUCACGGGGAGAGUAACUCGGUACUCAUCGUGGGACCCAGGGGAUCGGGCAAGACAAUGUUACUGAACUACGUCCUGAAGGAACUACUACAGGAGAAAGAUGUUAAGAGUAACAUCAUGUUGGUUAAUUUGAAUGGGUUGCUGCAGACCGAUGACAGGAUUGCUCUUAAAGAGAUCACAAGACAGCUCAACUUGGAGAACGUUGUUGGGGACAAAGUCUUUGGCAGUUUUGCUGAGAACCUUGGGUUCCUUCUGGAAGCGCUAAAGAAAGGUGACCGGAGCAGCAGUCGUCCAGUGAUUUUCGUGCUGGAUGAGUUUGAUCUUUUUGCCCACCACAAGAACCAGACGCUUCUGUACAACCUGCUGGAUGUUUCGCAGUCGGCCCAGGCCCCUAUCGCUGUGGUGGGCCUCACCUGUCGACUGGAUGUGUUGGAGCUGCUUGAGAAGCGGGUCAAGUCGCGUUUCUCCCAUCGCCAGAUCCACCUGCUCAGCUCCACGGGCUUCAGCCAGUACCUGGAGAUGGUGUGUUCCCAGCUCCACCUCCCCUCGGACUUCCCCGACAGCAAGUUCUCCGACGAGUGGAACGCCAGUGUUAAGAAACUGUGUGAGGACAAAUCAGUCGAGGACGUUUUACGCAAACAUUUCAACAGCAGCAAGGACUUCCGUUCCCUGCAUUUACUGCUGCUCCUGGCGUUGGGCCGCGUAACUGUGUCCAACCCCGUCAUCAGGCCGGUGGACCUGCUGGAAGCCGGCCGCUGGAGCAGCGUGGACUCCAAGGCAAACAUUCUCCACGGUGUGUCUAUUCUGGAGUUGUGUCUCAUCAUUGCUAUGAAGCACCUGAAUGACAUCUAUGAGGGAGAGCCUUUCAACUUCCAGAUGGUAUACAAUGAAUUCAAGAAGUUCAUCAGCAGGAAAUCACAUUCCAUCCAUAAUUUCGAGAAGCCAGUUGUCAUUAAGGCCUUUGAGCACCUCCAGCAGCUGGAGCUGAUUCGGCCCGUGGAGGCGUCCAGCGCCAAGAUCCAGAAGGACUACCAGCUGAUGAAGCUCAUGCUGGACCACACCCAGGUGCUGGAGGCCGUACAGCGCUACCCACAAUGCCCCACAGAUGUUCGGCAGUGGGCCACCUCCGCGUUCGCCUGACACUUGUGGACUGUAUUUGUUAUGGCGAGUGCCUUUCUCAGUCAUGUUGACUUGGGAGGUUCUCUUUGCAGAUAGAGCAUCUGUAUGUGGGAAAUGUUACAGUGGAUCACUGAAGGAUGACCACUUAUGGACCAAAACACACACACACACAGCCAUGGACUUUAGGUUGUGUUGCAUAAAAAAAGCAGAAUAUUUUUUGUAUGUCCUCACACUUUUUCAUGACAAAAAACGUAAAAAUAAAAACUUGAUUG